AUGUUUUCAUCUUAUCCUAUCCUGCGCUGCGCUAGACUGGAACGAGAGAAUCGACCGCGCGAGGCCUGCGCCCUAUAACAACGACACCUUGACAACCGACUACGGUGGCCAUAUUACCGUCGAACAUCAAAACAACCGAGGUUUAGCUCGAAUUGUGUCCCAUUUUCAAGUCUAGAAAUGUAUGAGGACGAUGAAGAGCAAGAAGAAGGGCCUAAGAGUUCUUUCUCUACAUAUUUAGCGGAGGGCGAUGUGUUGUUCAAACAAGAAGAGUACCAAAAAGCGUUGGAUAGUUACUCAUUGGCCUUGGAAUUAAAACCAACAGAUCCAUUCUGUUUGGUAGCUAGAUCCAAGUGUUAUCUUAAACUUGGAAAGAAUGAUGCAGCUUAUAGAGAUGCAGAAGCAGCACUUGAGGAAGAUAAAGACUUUAAUAAGGGCCUGUACCAAAAAGCAGAGGCAUUAUAUGCAAUGGGAGACUUCGAAUAUGCCUUGGUGUACUAUCACAGAGGGAAUAAGCUUAGGCCAGAAUUGCAAGAGUUCAGACUUGGUAUUCAGAAAGCUCAAGAGGCUAUUGAUAACUCUAUUGGAGUUGCUGCCAAUGUGAAGCUUGAAAAUAAGGGGGAUUUGUCAUUUUUUGCCAAGCAAGAUGAAAUGAAAAAACCUAAAGGUUACAGUAAACCCAACACACAAGCAGCGAAGACACAACCACAACAGCUAAACAGAGGGAAGAAUACUAAAAGUCCGGCUGCUUCAGAUAAAACAGUUAAGCAGCUUCUUGGAGAGAUGUAUGCGGAUAAGGAAUACCUGGAAAAGCUCCUGAAUGACGACAAUUUUAUCCAUGGACAUGCUUGCAGCAAGGAUAACCAGAUUUAUGAGCUUGUAUCCGGUGGACUCAAUUACCUUGAGUCAAGAACAGAGUUCUGGAGACAGCAAAAGCCUUUAUAUGCUCGCAAGAAGGAGAAGGCGAAGCCUAGGAAAGUCCAGCAAAAGAGCAAGCCGGCAGAUACAACAAAGUUUAUUUUGAGAUCAUUAGAAGAGAUUGACAUGGCUCUGGCAGAAGGCGAUGCAGAAGGUAGUCUAAAGCAAGCACAGUCAACACUAAGAACCGUACAGUCCUUGAAUGAGGAUAGUGUUCCUAAUAAAGAUGAUGUGCUUGGUAACUUACACUCUUGUAUUGGCAAUGCCUACUUGGAGCUAGAUGAUAGCAAGAAAGCCCUUGACCACCACAUGAAGGACCUCAAGAUUGCUGAGAAACUUGAAAAUCCUGAUGGAAAGUCUCGAGCACUUGACAACCUAGGCCGUGUAUACGCCAAGAACGGCGAGUUUGGCAAGGCAAUUGACAAAUGGAUGGAGAAGAUGCCUCUAGUGAAAACCCCUCUGGAGAGCACGUGGCUAUUCCACGAGAUUGGCAGAUGUCAUCUGGAGCUGAAGAACUACCAAGAUGCCAAGGAGUAUGGGCAGAAGUCACUUGCGGCAGCUCAGGAGGCUAGUGACCAAGUUUGGCAGCUGAACGCUACAGUACUCAUCGCACAGGCUGAAGUAAAACUCGGUGAGUUACAGGAGGCCUUAGAGUCGUUCCAGCAAGCGCAUGACUUGGCCAAAAUUCUAGAAGACGAAGCUGCCGAGAAUGCUGUCUCAAAGGCGAUCAGAGACGUCAAUGAUAGAAUUGCUCAAGGCGUUAAAACAGACGAGAACUCCGACGAGAACGGGGAAGCAGAGACAAAACCGGACGAGACAGCACCAUCUGAGCAAGAGGACUCAUCUGCUGUAGAACCCACAGAGGCCAAGGAUGAGGACGACACAGAGGAAGCUAAUGAUGCCGGCAAGGAGACUGCCACUGAGGACCCGCCCAAGAAGGAGGAAGAUCACCAGCCUAGCGGCGAACAGCCUAGCGACGAACAGCCUAGCGACGAACAGCCUAGCGACGAACAGCCGAAGGAAACGGAAGAAACCAUCUGAGGCUGCUUUUAUGAUCAUAAAAAACUUUGUACAGUAAAUGAUAGAAUCACGUUGUGUACUUUAUAAGUAUACUCACCUAUAUGUCUUGGUAUUGCGAUAUUUUGAUGAGUUUUUUAAAAUGUGAAUGUUCCUGUUACUGUAAUAAACCAAUGGAGUAAUUAA